AUGAUGAGCGACGUGGCCCAUACAACCGGGGACGAGGUGGUCCCGCCUCUCAGCUCGGCAAAGGACAACAACACGACAGUCAAAGAGCACGAGCUGUUUCGGGGCAAGUGGCAGCUGUAUACGUUCGUGGGAGCUAUCUUGCUCGGCCAGGGAGUCAACAUGAUGCCGUUUGGAGCGACACUAUCGUCUCAACUCAUCAUCGCCAGGGAGCUCGGGGUGGCAGACGAUGCUGGGCAAAUCACCUGGAUAGUCGCUGCCUUUUCCAUGACCGCAGCUUUCUUUGUCCUCAUUGGCGGCCGGCUGAGCGACAUUUAUGGGCCACGCAUCAUAUGGCAGGCAUCGAUGGCGUGGAUGAUGGUCUGGAAUCUGGUGACGAGCUUUGCAAGGAGCCCUCCCUUUUUCGAUGCUUGCCGCGGACUGGCGGGAAUAAGCUCAGGAAUGCUGCUUCCGGCAGGGAUCGGCCUUCUUGCCCGUUGUUAUCCACCAGGUGUCGGCCGUGCGGUUGUGUUUGGCCUUUUUGGCGCGCUCGCGCCAUUCAGUGCCGCCGGCGGGUCGAUUUUCGAGACGCUCUUAGCUCAAUUAGUGUCCUCGGCCUGGAUCUGGAGGCUUCUGGCCUUCAAAUGUGCUCUGACACUGCUUUUGGGGAUUCUUGCCAUGCCGCUUUCGAUUGGCCAGGGUGGCGGAGGCUCUCUCGAUGUCGUUGGCGCAUUCUUGGGGGCAGCAGGUCUUCUCCUCUUUAAUUUUGCUUUCAGCCAGUCCACCGUGGACGACUGGGGAGCCGCUAGCAUCUCGACUUUGGUAGUCGGCCUUGCUCUCCUGUUCGCUUUCGCUCUGUGGGAGAGCUUCGUUGCAAAGGAACCGAUUCUCCCCUUUGACAUCUGGAAGGCGCCAACCUUUGGCUGGGUGCUCCUGUCGGCCUUUCUCGGCUUCAUGACCUUUGGCGUAUGGGUCAUCUACGCGUCGCAGUUUUUCUUGCAGAUUCGGCACCUGAGUCCGCUCCUGACUCAGGCGUACUGGACACCGUUCACCCUGGGCGCCUUCUUUGCUGCUCUGCUGGGUGCUUUCCUGGUCCGGACCGUCCCCGCACAGGUCAUUUUCCUGGCCGGCCUCGUUUCUUUGUGUCUGAGCAACAUUCUGAUGGCGACUGCGCCCGAACGAGGCAUCUACUGGACCUAUCCGUUCUUUUCAACGCUCUUUGCUGCGCUCGGGCCAGACUUUAUCUUUACCGCCACACAGCUAAUCGCUUCCAACACCGUCAAGGCGUCUCAGCAAGGCGUGGCGGGCUCUCUGGUCGGAACGGUGCUGAAUGUGGGACUGGCUCUGGGCGCUGGGCUGGGCGCUAACGUCGAGCUGCACGUGAAUGCUGGUGGGACUCGGCCAUUCGAUGGGAAAAGAGGGGCCUUCUACCUCGCAAUCGGCCUAGCAGUCACCGGCAUGAUGAUUGUCGUUGCUUUCGUCCGUCUACCGAAAGACGGAAGAGUAGGAUACGAGAAGAGCGACGAGGAAAAGCAAACAGCCACUCCUGGCGAGGAAGAGAGAGUGUAAAACAUGCCGAUUCUCAUUCUGACUUGCGCGUUCGCAAGAGCCGGUCCUUUUUUCAGACUGAAUCCUAAGAAAGAAACAUAAGCACAGCGGUC